UGCACCUUACAAUAGGCUGCCAUUAUGUAAAUGCUACGACUGAAGCAGAACAUCCAUUAUAAAUGGUUCAUUCAAACAUUGUUUUACAGUAGUUUCCAAAAUGAACGUAAAUGAGGAGUCUGCGCAAUCAAAGAGAAAGGAUAAACUCAUCCUCCCGUCAUGAUUUAAGUUUCCUGUUGAGAGCAAACUCUUUACAUGAAGGAUAGGCGGACUACUCUGCGCGCAAACGACAAACAGUAUUGGACUUAGAGCAAAACAUCAGCCACAAAAUGCCUUCAGAAUUUGGAAAUGAAUACCAACCUCUGCUUAUUCAAGACUUCAAACAUAAGCAACCAAAGCUUCCAAACAAGUCCCUUCUGCUGGCUGCCAGUGCUGCUUGUUUAGGGGGAACCUUUCAGUGUGGAUAUAAUACAUCUGUCAUCAAUGCUCCCACAACAUAUGUGCAGAAUUUCAUCAACCAAACCUGGAAUGAGCGUUACCAAACUGACAUAUCAGCAGAAGCUCUCACCCUGCUGUGGUCCACUAUUGUGUCCAUAUUCACCUUAGGAGGACUUCUAGGAGUGACAGUCGGUGGGACGUUGUCUGUGAAGCUGGGGAGGAAAGGGACGCUGUUGGCCAACAACAUAUUUGCAUUAGCGGCGGCUCUGCUGAUGGGUCUGAGUUACCCCACAGGAUUAUUUGAAUUACUCAUCAUUGGACGUUUUCUCAUUGGAAUGAAUGCAGGCAUUGGACUUUGUGUUCAACCUCUGUAUUUGGGGGAAAUAGCUCCAACUGCAUUUCGUGGUGCCAUGGGAAUGGGAACUUCUAUUUUCAUCACUGGUGGGAUUUUGACUGGACAAGUGAUUGGCCUCAAAGAGCUCCUGGGAAAAGAGGAGUACUGGCCUCUCCUGCUGUCCACCACAGCUAUCCCAGCCAUCCUGCAGCUGCUGAUCCUACCCUGGUUCCCAGAGAGCCCGCGCUACCUGCUCAUUGACAAAGGAGAUACUGAGGGAUGUAAGAAAGCCCUGAAGCAACUGCAUGGUACAGCUGGCUGUGACCGUGAACUGGAGGAUAUCGUGAAGGAGAAGAAUAAUUUGGUGGAUUUCCAGGCCAAGAAACCCUGGGAGCUCUUCACUGACCGUAGUGUCCGCUGGCAGCUUCUCACCAGCUUGCUGCUCAACGCUGCCCAACAGCUGAACGGCAUCAAUGCUAUUUACUUUUACGCAGAUUACUUGUUCACACAAUCUGGUAUUCCUGCUGAUAAGAUACCAUAUGUGACCGUUGGCACUGGUGCCUGUGAAUGCAUCACAGCUUUAACAUGUGGUCUGCUCGUUGAGCGUCUGGGGAGGAAAGUGCUCAUCACGGGGGGAUACACACUGAUGAGUAUCUGCUGCAUUUUAUUCACGCUGACGCUCUCUUUUCAGGAUGCCAGUCCAGUAAUUCCAUACUUGAGCAUGGCCUGUGUAUUUGCUUUUAUCCUGAGUUUUGGCUUAGGACCAGGUGGUGUGACUAACAUCUUGACCACUGAACUGUUCACACAAACUACACGUCCUGCAGCGUACAUGAUCGCAGGGUCACUGAACUGGUUGUGCUUCUUCUUCAUUGGCCUUGUCUUCCCUUUUAUUGUGAUCGGGCUGCAGCAGUACUGUUUCCUGGUGUUCUUGGCCGUCUGCUCCUUAAUGGCGAUAUACAUUUGCCUUGUCGUUCCUGAAACCAAGAACAAAACCUUCAUCGAAAUCCAGAAUGAGUUCAAGUCCUCCAACGACAGAAAGGCCCAGAGUGCUGACAGAGCAGGGACGACGCUGUUAUUAACUCCUACAUGAAAUACUACCCAUGACUCAGGGGUCGAGAAAUUCAAACCUUAUUUAUGUCUCACAAUAUUAAUGUCACAAAGAUGAGUAACUGCCAUGAGGGUUUAUAGUCCACACACACACACAACUAUAGAAAAUGUUGAUGACACUGUAAAUUAUGGUACCUUGCUUGAACUUCAGAUAUGUAUUGGGUAAUCAUUCUUACAUCUCUUUAGUUCACUUACUGAUAUCAAUUGAAAUUAUCUUAAAGGGACUGUUUGUAAGAAUCAGAAAUUGGUUGUAACAGCGACACCUGUGGCUGUUAAGUCAAUGAAAAUCAGCGUUCUGUUGCUCGGCUCGCCCGUGUGCACGCGCUACCUGAAUGUGAGUGAGCAUCCGUCAAAACAGUGA